AUGUCUGAGGUUGAAUCAAACAAGAGACCAGCAGAAGAAGUAACGGAUGUUUCUAUUGAAGUGAAGAAGUCUAAAACCGAUGAGGUACCUAAGGGUGUUGCCUCCAUCAAACCUGAAUACAUAAUUUCAGCUUCUGAUGCUGAUGCAAUUUUCGAUGACGAUGCUGCAGAAGCCUCUACUGCUGUGGAGCAAGAGGAGAUGGAAAAGAGCAACAACAACAAUGGCAAGGGCAAAGGCAAGAACAAAAACCGUGGUCAAAAUAAAGCUAGGAAGUUAGUUCAAGUUAAGGACGAGAUGAAAAUCUGUCCGUCUAUAAUGGAUCCUGAAUCAGGUAAGCAAUGUCUUAAGGGCUCCGAGUGUAGCUGGUGUCAUGAUGUCACUGCUUAUUUGAAACAAAAAGAGCCUUGUAUCGAAGGUGCUUGUCCAGUGUGGAAGGAGUUGGGUUACUGCCCGAUGGGAAUCAAAUGUAGAUGGUUGAAAUCUCACUUCAACUGUGACACAAACACCUUGAUUUAUGAACAAGGUUAUGCUAGAGAUGAGAACAAGGGUGAAGUCAAUUUUGUGAGCCUUGCAGACAAGAGAUUGCUACAUGCCAAGAAAUUUGACUUCAAAACAAGCGAAGUAGCUUUAAAGAUGGUUGAUGAAGACAGGGUAGCAAAAAUGGACGCUGAAAAGAGAAAAGCGUUAGAGAAUGAAUUCAACGAAUCUAAGGUCAAGGCUUCGGAAAAGAAGAAGUUAGAUUACAAGAACAAAAAGGUAUUAUCACCAUUAACAACAGUUGGUAAUUUACCUUACAGAAGAUUGAUGAAAACUCUAGGUGCAGACGUUACGUACAGCGAAAUGGCCUUAGCCAACUCUUUAAUCAGUGGUCAGAAUAGCGAAUGGGCAUUGUUGAAAGCACACCAGAGUGAAUACCCCGGCUUUGGUGUGCAGAUUGCAGCUUCCAAGCCAUGGCAAGCUGCUAAGUCUGCUGAGGCCAUUUACAAAUUUGCCAACAAGAACGUCAGUGAAAUUAACUUGAACUGCGGUUGUCCAAUUGACUUAUUGUUUAAGAAAGGUGAAGGUUCAGCAUUGAUGUCGAGCUCUAAUAGAAUGAAAAACCUUUUGAAGUUGAUGAACGAUUGUAGUGGUGAUCUCCCAAUUACUGUUAAGAUGAGAAUGGGUAUUUUAGACAAGAAGCCUGUAGCCAUUGAUAUUGUGGAAAAAUUGCUGAAUGCCGGAGACGUUGGUGCAAUUACCAUCCAUGGCAGAUCAAGACAACAGAGGUACACCAAAGAAGCAAAUUGGGAUUAUAUCGAGGAGGUUGGUAAGGUUGUGAAAACAUAUAAUGAAAAAUACGAGGAAAUGAAAGAUGUUUCAGAUAGGCCAAAUCCAGUCUACUUGAUCGGUAAUGGUGACUGUUUCACCCAUGAAGAUUGGUAUGAGCAUACUGCCAGGCAAGGAGUGGAUACGGUCAUGAUUGCCAGAGGUGCAUUGAUUAAGCCAUGGAUUUUUGAGGAAAUUGAGGCUCAACAAUACCUCGACAAGUCAUCAACUGAAAGAUUAAGAAUUAUAGAAGAUUAUGCCAAAUAUGCAUUACAGCAUUGGGGUACUGAUGAGUUCGGCAUAAACACGAGUAGAAGAUUUUUGUGUGAAUUUUUGUCUUUCACAUACAGAUACAUUCCUGUAGGAAUUUUAGAAAAACUACCACCAAAACUAAAUCAAAGACCACCAAAAUGGAGAGGUCGUGAUGACAUGGAAACUUUAUUAGGCUCAAGUGACUACAAAGAUUGGAUCAAAAUUACAGAAAUGUUUAUGGGUCCUGCCAAUGAGAGCUUUAGCUUUAUUCCAAAGCAUAAAAGUAACUCAUAUGAAACGCCGAGAAACUAG